AGAAACUUGGAUCUAGCCUCAACCGUUGGAAAACGACCACUGGACUAAACAAUGGUGACGGGUGGUCCUCUGAGCACACAUCUACAGCCUGCUGGGCUAAAACAUAAAUAUUCCCUGAACAUUGAGAACAAAACCCGGUUCCCAUCUCCCAGCUACGUAACGUUUCUCCCUUUAUAUAAUAAUUCCCACUCCGCCAGAAUCCACACCGCUUCCAGCAGUUGAACCGGUAUCCGCGGUUGAAUGAUUGGCUGACAAUUAACAGUCCCAAACCCCGCCUUCUAAAAUUCAUCACAAACGACGUCAAUUCCGCGCGCUGCGAGACUUACAUAGCUCACAGAAUCCCCUUGUUCUAUGACGUCACACACCUAAUAUGGCGCCGUCCAGGGAAGAGUCCACGCUCGCAUCCCCUGCAGGUUACACGGGUAAUAUGAUGACGGCAGCUUCUGGUUUUGGCUCUGAUUACACCAUCCCAGUAAAGUUCUCAGAAGAGCGGAAGUCCCAUCACUGCUUGUAUGCGAAGGAGCACAAAGUUAGAGGGGAUCUGGAUAAAAUACAUCCACAGAAUCGUACACUAUUUGUAAUAAACAUUCCAACAUACCUAACAGAGAAAGGGUUAUCUAGAAUUUUUGGUCGCUAUGGCCACGUGCAAUCUGUGGAAUUGUUUGACAAACCAGGUCCAUCCGUAAAAGAUCAAAAAGUGUGGUCGAAAUACUUUCAUCUGAAAGCACCAAAGGGAUUUAAAGUGGCCUACAUAGUGUUUAAAAAUGCAUCUAGAAUUCAAGCGAUCCAGUCUAUGAAAGUCCAUACGCCGUUGGUUAUUUCAGAAAAAGAUAAUUUAGUUAAAACUGGCUUACAUAAGUGGAUAGAAGAUUAUAAGGAGUCUCUCAUUGAUGUUGUGGAUCUCCAAGCUGAAAUUGACCAGUAUAUGCAGGAAUUUGAUAAGCGAGUGGCACAGAAAGAGGAAAAAGAAAAGGAAGAAGAAGGGAUGCCAGAUGAGGAUGGCUGGGUUACAGUGACAAGGAAAGGACGUCGUCCAGGUUUAGCACGGACAGAAAUGGUGAAUCUUCGGCUGGCGGAAAAAGAGAAAAAGAAGAGAGCCCAGAAAGAACUAUUGAAUUUCUAUGCUUGGCAACACCGUAACAGCAAGAAAGAACAUCUCGCUGAGCUACGCAAGAAGUUUGAAGAGGAUAAGCAGAAAAUUGCACUGAUGCGAGCUCAGAGGAAGUUCCGCCCUUACUGAAGUUAGACUUUGUAAACAAACAUUACUGGACACUGAAUUCAGCCUGGCACGAAUACUAUGCUGAUUAUAACAUUGAUCUAUUGGCCCUAAUUGUGCCACAUUGCCUUUAUGUUGGGGAAGUUGUAAUUUUUUAAACCUUUAACAAAUAACAUUUUGUGGUCAUUAAAACCUGUUUCUCAAAUCUA